UCUCUCUCUCUCUCUCUCUCUCUCUCUCAUUCAGUCCUGGUUUGGACCUGGUCCUGUGUAGAGGUCUCUCUCUCUCUCUCUCUCUCUCUGUCUGUCGGUGCCACCCAUUUCUUUUUUCCAUUCAUCCUUUUAAUGUCAUCCAAAAGAAGAACUGAGUUUUCAGGCUGAACUUGGAGCGUUAAGACGCGUUUAAAGACCCACCGGAGCGUCGUUUUUACGCGUUGGAUCACCGGUGGACUGUUGGAGACGUUGUCUGCUGUUUUCUGUGCAGAAAUGUGGCGCAGAUUCUCAUUGCUCAUUCUCUGCUGUGCUGUGAGCGGUCUCGAUGCUCUGGAGACGACAGAGCUGAGUCAACCGGACCAGGAUGCUCUGGCGACAGCGGAGGACAAAGCGGAGGACAGUCUGCAGCAGCAGUCCCCGAGUCCUGCUGGAGGAGCAGAGGACAGUCUGCAGCAGCCGGAGGACAGAGUGCAGCAGCUGUCCCCGGCUGGAGGAGCAGAGGACAGAGUGCAGCAGAAGUCCCCGGCUGGAGGAGCAGAGGACAGAGUGCAGCAGCUGUCCCCGGCUGGAGGAGCAGAGGACAGAGUGCAGCAGAAGUCCCCGGCUGGAAGAGCAGAGGACAGAGUUCAGCAGCUGUCCCCGGCUGGAGGAGCAGAGGACAGAGUUCAGCAGCAACCCACCGCCGAGCCUCUGGAAGAGGAGCUGGACAACCAAGAGAAUGUCAUCAGCCAGUUGCUGGGCGAUUACGACAAAGUAAAGACGGUGUCGUCGGGGUCCGACUGUGUGUGUCGCUGUAUUGUUCGACCAAUCAAACGCUCUGACUGCAGCCGUAUCCAUGACAGCGACCCGGCAUCGCAGUCCCAGCAUUCUUACACCGUGGAGACGGUUACCAAGGGAACAGACUGCAAGAAGUGUGUGUGCAUGGCUCCGCCUUCGGCUGUCAACCCCUGUGAGGGAGAGUACAGGUUUAAAAAACUACAAGAGGCCGGCAAAGAUGACAUUAAGUUGGCGACUAUCAUUGACUUGUUGGAGGGCUCUCUGUACGGGAUGGACCUGUUAAAGCUCCACUCUGUCACCACCAAGCUGCUGACCAGGGUGGACAACAUGGAGAAGGCUGUGGCUCGUAAUUUUACUGAGAGAGCGAGAGAAAAAGAACGUGCGAAGGAAAGAGCAAAAGAAAAGGAGAAAGAGAAGAAGGCCCAGCAGAAAAAGAAGAAAGUGAGUGAUUUGGAGCGUGCAGGACAGAAAAGUGGAGCAGCUGCCUACGGCAACAAGCAGAAGAAUCAAGAAGGUCAGCUGAAGAAGAACCAACAGCAAGAUGGUCUGGAGCAACAACAGCCGGCCGGGAAUAAGACGGGAACUCAAAAGCCAAUCAAAGACAAGAUAGAGCCAAAGCAGCCAAUCAAAGACAAGAUAGAGCCAAAGCAGCCAAUCAAAGACAAGAUAGAGCCGAAGCAGCCACUCAAAGACAAGAUAGAGCCGAAGCAGCCAAUCAAAGACAAGAUAGAGCCGAAGCAGCCAAUCAAAGACAAGAACAGCAAGGUCAUCAGGGGCGUGACCUUUUACAAGGCAGAGGAGGGGAGCUACAAAGAUGAGGAGAAACGUAAAGGAAAGAACACAACUUCAAAUGCUUCAGUGGACUUACUGAUCUCUGAGCCGCUCCCACCUACCAGGACUUUCCCCACCAAGAGUCCAGGACCUUCAACCACUGUUAGCACACAGCUAGACUUCUUUCAGGACCUCUCAAGGAGACCAAGCCGGCCUGCAGCCACCCAGCAACCAACUACUCCUCCGACUACCACCCAACAAACCACAACCACAACCAAACCGGUUCCCACCACCGUCAUACCAACGGCUGAAUUAACCACUAGCAUACCGCCAACAACUCCCAAACCAACGACAGCCGAACUGACAACUACUUCCCGACAAACUACAGCGACUAUUCAGCCUACGCGGCACGUCGACCAGCACACCACCUCACCCACCGUUGAUGCGUCUCCAAUGGCAGAUCCUCAGCCAGCAUCCAAAAGUCGACUCAGCUGGACGGAGAGCCCCGCUGACCAACCGAGGACCACAAAAAAGCCUGCAGUGUGUAAGGACACGGUAGCCAGCAUCUCUGAGCCGGUUCAGCAGAACUCGUACGGCUUCAGCGACGGAGCCUGGAUGAGAGACGGUCGCGGUCAUGGCAACGUCAUCUACCUCACUAAUGGUCACUAUGGCAACAACCUCCUGGAGUUCCGAGACAUGGACGCCUUCAAAUCAGGUCAGGUGAGUAAUUCGUACAAGCUGCCGUACAGUUUCACUGGAACGGGCCACGUCGUGUUUAACGGAGCUCUCUACUACAACCGCGCCUUCAGCAGAGACGUCAUCAGAUACGACCUGAGACGCAGAUACGUGGCUGCCUGGACCACGCUACAUGAUGCCAUACUGGAGGAGCAAGCUCACAGGACACAAAGUGAAGUGGAGUUUGCUGUUGAUGAGUCCGGCCUGUGGCUGCUCUACCCGGCUCUGGACACAGAGGGCUUCCACCAGGAAGUGAUCCUGCUCAUCCACCUCAACCCCCGAGACCUGCAGCCGAUGCAGAGCUUCCGCACGGGUCUCCGGCGGGGUCGCUACGGCAACAGCUUCCUGGUUUGCGGCGUGCUUUACGGAGUGAACAGCAUGGAGCACCGCUACGCUAACGUGACAUACGCCUACGACACACACACGCUCACGCACACCGUGCCGAGCCUGGCGUUCACGAACAUGCACGCGCACACCUCCCAGCUGGCUUACAGCCCGCUAGACAAGAAGCUGUACGCGUGGGACAACGGACAUCAGAUGACGUAUGACGUCAUCUUCGCUUAUUAGCACAAUGAAUGGACUUAGUAACGUAGCAUAUCCAGCAAACAAAGCUGAGGACUGAAGAAAUAAGAUAAUAACUGAACAGAUGACUGUGGAUCAGUCUAACUGGAUGUGUUUUUAUAUUGACCUCAGCUGCUGCUUUGUCACACACACAGUCAGUAUCAAGCAGCAGGAGCAGCACUUAACUUGAAAUAUAUUCACGUUUGGAAAAAGACAAAAGACCCCAGGGGUCAUAUGAAUAAAUGUAAAUAAAUGUA